CUUAACAAGACGGAGCAAAUUUCUACUGUUGUUCAUUUCAGGUGAACAUCUAUAUGUCGUCUUCUUUUUUUACAUUCGAUGGAUGUUGAAGCCGCUUCGAAUUUGUCUCUGCCUGAUGCGUUUCUUGAUUUUCUCAGCGAGAAUGGACUCGACCCUUCAAUUUAUACUACAAGUGAUUCAACCCCUCGGUAUAUAAGGUUGAAACCUGGCUGUGAAGCUUAUCUUGAAGAGAUCGAAGCUGAGAUCAAAUGUAAGAUUGAGAAAGUGGCUUGGCUACCCAAUUUCUAUUCUCUUCCACCUGAUAUUCAGAUUGCUAAGUCUAAGGCAUAUCAAGAAGGAAAGAUGUAUGGGAUUGAUGCGGCAUCUGGAGCUGCUGUUUUAGCUUUGAAUAUCUCAUCGGGUGAUCAUAUCCUUGAUCUAUGUGCUGCUCCUGGUGCUAAACUCUGCAUGAUAUUGGACCUUCUUGGUUGUUCGGGUUCUGUGACUGGUGUUGAUGUUGCAAGACAUCGCUUGGCAGCUUGCAGAACCAUGUUGCAGAAAUAUGCACUUGGUGAUCAUUGUCGUCUCUUUGUUGCUGAUGGGACAACAUUUUCCCUACUACCUGUCAGGGUUCAUUCAGAUUCUAAAACAUGUGAAUCUGUUUUGGAAGAAAAGGCGGAUAUAUACAAAGAAUGGACGUCUAGGAGAUCAUACAAAGAAAGGAAAAGGGUGGCUAAAGCAAGGGAAAGUGCUGGUUCUCAGUUAGUUUCAAGGCUUCAAGAUCCAGAGCUUAUAUUUUACGGACGGCGUUCUGGAGUGGUUGGCCUCAAUAAAAGUGAUUUAUAUCAAACAUUGUGCGGCAAUGAGGUUUUGCACUGUGGUUAUGACAAGGUCCUUGUUGAUGCAGAGUGCACGCAUGAUGGUUCUAUUAGACACAUACAAAAAUUUGAACAUUGGGGCUGGAAAACUCUUCAACGUCGCGUAUUGAAUGCGGAGAGAACUGAUGACUUGACUGUCCUUCAAUUGCAACUUCUAAUCAAUGGCUUUAGAUUGCUAAAAGUUGGGGGAUCCCUUGUCUACAGCACGUGCAGUUUGACAAUUGCUCAGAAUGAAGAUGUCGUGGAGCAGUUUCUUUUACAAAAUGCUUCUGCAGAGUUGUUGGAAAUAGAUGCUGCAAAAAAUUGGCCUUGUAAGAGUGGACAAAUACCAAAGACCCUGCGCUUUGAUCCUGUGACAUCCCGAACUAGUGGACUUUUUGUUGCAAAGUUCACAAAAUUAGCCAUUUAAUCCAGGUUAUUUUUGGUGGUCUCUGCUUCAGUUCUCAAUGAUGUUUUUCUGUUUUAUCAUGGAAAAUGCCCCUCAAGGCAUUUGUUCUUAAAGAUGAUAAAGAGCUGAUUAGACAUUUUCAUCUGGUAACAAUGGAGUCCGUUCCAAGGCCCCAGGCAACGGUGGAGUCCGUUCCAAGGCCCCAGGAAACGGGUUUGAUUAUCAUAGGAGCCGAUAGAUAUGGCAUUUGUUAUCACCCAGCUCCACUGUACAAUCAUUUUGUUUCAAUUGCAAAAGGGUAAGAUAGAGGAAGUACAAAAUUCUAGUUUUGAUAUUCUUCAAUCAUGAGUCAUGACACUCUUUUAAGUGUAGCUUUCUAUAGUGUGUGCAUGCAAACACAUUUGAGAUGAAUGUUUGAGGGUGGGAUUACUGGAUAAAGAAAUUGAAUGUCCAUUGUUGUGUUGUUGUGAAUGCCCAUUGUUUAGUUCUCUAUA